AUGACAACCCGCAAACCCCUCCCAAUCUCCGACGAGUGGCAAGAUCCCGACGAAUAUGUCCAAGCCCUCCUCUCUUUCGCAACCGAGUCGGUCAUGUUCAUGAACGUCUGCGGCGGCGUACAUAUCCUCGAUUUUUUGACCCGCGAUCCCGAUCUCUAUGAGUCACUGCUGCCGGAAGACUGGCGAUCAUUCUUUGAGCAUCACGAUAUUCAUAGUAUAUUGCAACUGCUACUACGAGAGGAUAUUGGUCCGUUAUGCGAACCAGAAGUGAACACAGACUCUGAGAAUGUCAGAACCUGGAACGGCGGCGCAUUUCCCCCUGAAUCCCUCCUCGAAUACAUUCGCAAUAUCCGCCGAUUGAGCCUCGGUCGUGAGUUCACCUCACCUGCAAAAGGCCAGCAUCUCCCGAGACAUAUUGCCGUUGGCAUGAACAAAAAGAAAACACACGAGGUUGAACAAUUCUCCCGUUAUGUCUCUUCUUUAUCCGAGACGGUCAAGGAGAGCCGUGGAGAGCCAUUGUCUCACAUUGUCGAUUUUGGCUCCGGGCAAAAUUACCUAGGGCGCAUGUUGGCAAGCUCGCCCUAUCAUAAACAUAUCAUUGCCAUUGAGCGCAAGCAUCAAUAUAUCAGCGGCGCUAAUCGUAUGGAUAUUCAUGCGCGACUGGCCAAGGCAGAGAAGAAGACCAGAAUGCAUAAUGCAAAGACGAACAAGUCAAAGAAGCAAUGCAAAGAUUGUACCGACAUCCCAGAACUAGCCCCGGAACAAACUACUUCGGAAAAGCCCGACGUACCUCAAGUGGCUGUUGAAACAAAACCUGACCCAGGAAAUACCGUGCCGGAGGAGCCUGCCACAUUGGAUGAAGAUACCGCUGCCUCCCACAUGCUAGGCGAGAUGACUCUAGAAGCUGAUGAUGUGCUCGGCCCAAACUCAAGCUACAAAAAGCCACACGUACCAAAGCCACAGCCAGAGAUUGACACUAGAGGUACUGUCAGUUAUAUUGAACAUGAAAUCAAAGAUGGCUAUCUGGAGCCAAUCAUCGACCACGUCGUCGACCCGAAAACAUCGGUUGAAACACGUACGAGCACGGAAGAAGUCGUCAUCCAACCUACAGAAAAGAAGCCAAGCGAUGCCCGGGUUAUGGUUGUCUCUUUGCAUUCAUGCGGAAACCUCGUUCACCACGGAGUCCGAUCAUUAGUGAUGAACCCUUCCGUUGUAGCAAUCGCCAUGAUCGGCUGCUGCUACAACCUCCUCACGGAGCGCUUGGGUCCGGCAACCUACAAAAUCCCCAUCCUUCGCUCCGCCCAUCCCCGCCUCAAACAAACUGGGUCUUCAUGGGAUCCGCACGGAUUCCCUAUGUCCAAGCUCUACGAGAACUACGAAGCAAAGACCACGAAGGGCUUCAAACUCAAUAUCACAGCUCGCUCAAUGGCCGUCCAAGCACCCCACAACUGGGGCCGCGCCGACAGCGAAGGAUUCUUCACGCGUCAUUUCUACCGCGCUUUGCUGCAGCGCGUUCUCCUCGAUCGCGAUAUCGUCCCUAAGCCUGAUGUCCCCGACGAUCUCUACAAAGAGCACCCAAAGGAUUCCGACGCCGGGGGCAUAGCGCUGAUCGUGGGAUCUCUACGCAAAUCCGCUUUCGAGUCUUUCACUGCAUACGUGCGUGCUGCGACGGUCAAAUUGAGCCAGGAUGCGACACGUGGCGAGAUGGUCAAAGAGCGCAUCUGCACUAUGUCUGAUGAAGAGUUACAGAAGUAUGAGGCUGAUUAUUUGCACACACGCAAGAAUCUCAGCGUGGUGUGGAGUUUGAUGGCGUUUAGCUCUCAGGUUGUUGAGGCUGCUAUUGUGGUUGACCGCUGGCAGUUCUUGCGCGAGCAUGACUCUGUCAAGGAGUGCUGGGUCGAGCCGGUGUUUGAGUAUGGUCAGAGCCCGCGGAAUCUGGCUAUCAUCGGUAUCAAGAAAUGA